GAUUGAGGCUCCGCAAACCCCGGCGAUUAUUUUCGUCGCUAGAGGUCAUUACGGUAAGCUCCAGACCUUGGUUUGCGCUACGUCCACCCAACUCUGACGAAACAGCGAAGGGCUAUUUCAAUGACUUGUAAUCCGAACACUGGGAUAACUUUUACGCUCGCCCACGACGACCGAGGUUGCUAAUCUGAUUUCAUACUUGGUCUCGCAUCUCGAUGAUAGAGCUACUGUCUGCAUACUGUCCACAUGGACGGCCAUGACUUGGAAGAAUCUUGCGACCUCUGUCAACAUGGAGCUGUUGGAGUCUCAGAACGAGAGGGAUGCCCGUGUUGAGGAUCUCUGGAGGCAUCUCGACCCCAAGGAGACGGGGGAGAUUGACCUGAAGGGCCUGCAAAGAGGCCUGAAGAAGUUGAACCACCCUCUCAAAAAUGCAAACCAUUUACUCGAGGAUGUCAUGAAGGCUGUGGAUUCCAACGGGGAUGGCAAGAUUCAAUACGAAGAGUUCCGAACCUUCGUAGAGGAAACCGAAAGCCAAUUAUAUUCGUUAUUCAAAUCGAUCGAUAAAAAUAACGACGGAAAGCUCGUAAAGGACGAAUUAAAGGCCGCCUUCAAAGUCGCCGGCUUAACUGUACCACCAGCAAAGCUUGACGACUUUUUUGCGGGGGUUGAUCGAGACAACUCGGGGGCGAUAACGUUCGACGAAUGGAGGGACUUCCUCUUAUUCCUACCGAAUGACACACCAGGGCUUAAAGCAAUCCUGUCAUAUUAUUCUUCUACAGUUGCGAUAAAUGCGGAGGGAGAUACACAGUUGAGAGAUGAAUACAUCGACAGUUUAGGUACUGCACCAAGUUUCUUUUCAGUCCUCUUCGGCUCUAUAUCUAGCAUAGCACGACGUCCCGGCCAGCCACGUGAAAGUUCAACACCAUCACCAGAGCCACCAGCAGAAUCGAACUUGGAUCAUCAACAACCACAUUCGAGUCUACACUCAACCCCUCACACUCACAGCAGCGAAGAACAAGAUACAGGUUAUCUUGUGUCGCAUCACUUCAUGCCAGGUCAAUUCCGACACGUCGAGCCAGACUUUACAGAUGAUAUUGACGCUACUCCACGUCUGAGGAAAAGGAAACAUUCACGAAUGAUGAGACUAACAUUUCUUUUGCCUGAUCCAGGCUAUUUUGCUGCUGGUGGCAUUGCAGGUGUUAUAUCACGUACGGCGACUGCGCCACUCGACCGACUGAAGGUCUAUCUCAUUGCGAACACCGGCAACGUUAAAGAUACACUUUCGGCUGCAAAGAAGGGAGAUGCCGUUAAGGCAGUCAGACAUGUCGGGCGGCCGCUCAUUGAUGCUACGAAAGAGCUCUGGAAGGCCGGGGGGAUGAGGAGUCUUUUCGCAGGUAAUGGGCUCAAUGUGAUUAAAGUCAUGCCCGAAUCCGCCAUCAAAUUCGGCUCUUAUGAAGGUGCAAAACGUGCACUUGCGUCGUUUGAAGGCCAUGGAGAUCCGCAAAAUAUUAAUGGGGUUUCCAAAUUCAUCGCCGGUGGGAUGGGUGGCAUGGUUUCGCAACUUUGUGUAUAUCCCUUGGACACAUUAAAAUUCCGCAUGCAGUGUAAUGUGGAGGCACACGGCCUCCGAGGCAACGCUCUGAUUGUCUCCACCGCCAAGCAAAUGAUCCGCGAAGGAGGGAUGAUGUCGGCAUACCGCGGUCUCACCAUGGGUCUCGUCGGAAUGUUCCCCUACUCCGCCAUAGAUCUCGGGACCUUCGAGUUCCUCAAGUCAUCGAUUAUUUCGUACAACGCCAAGAAGAUGAAUCUUCCCCUGGACCACCCAGAUGUCUACCCGGGAUCGUUCGCCACUGGUACUAUCGGUGCUUUCUCUGGUGCUUUCGGUGCCUCCAUCGUGUACCCCGUCAACCUUCUCCGCACUCGCCUUCAGGCCCAGGGAACCGUACUUCACCCCCAAACCUAUACCGGUGUUGUCGACUGUGCCAGGAAAACCGUGGGGAAGGAAGGAGUCAGAGGCCUGUUCAAGGGCAUUACCCCCAAUCUUUUGAAAGUGGUGCCAGCAGUCAGCAUCACUUACAUGGUUUACGAGAACGCCAAGAAGGUCAUGCACCUUCGUUAAGCUUCUUUAUUGCAGGCAGUCCUCUUGUCUAAGCUGUGGGAUUAAAUUUUAUAAUUCUGCAGGACUGAGAAAGCGGGCUUGAAUAUUUCUGGGGAAACCCUCGUAGCGAGCGAAGGGAUACCUCUUGCAGUUUAUUAAGGCGGUUGAGUUUGAAGUUUGAAGGUGCGGAGGGAGAUGUAUGUGUGUAGCAAAGGGAUGAUACAAAGAUACCGUUGGGGUAGCAUUUAGCGGGGCGUUUGGGCUGGCGGUUGUGGUCUGGCGUUUUAGACAAAGUCUGGAUAGUAGCAGCCUACGGGUUUUGCAUUUGUGGAGAAAUAGAGCCUGAUGUAUGGAGAUGUGCGAGUGUAUUUGUGAAUGUACUUGUCGUUGGUGCUUGCCCUCCUUUUGUAUGCCAGCAAGUUGCUGAUUCGAGAGCCUCUCCACCCCUUAUAUUGUGCCAUACUCAAAGAACAAUCACAUACGAC